UGGUUAGAGUACUCGACUGGUAAUCUUAAGGACGAUGGUUCAAACCCAGAGUCAGUCAAAAGUAUUUCAUCAAAAAUAAAUUAAGAUACGCAUGAUGAAAGACUAUGGUGAUGAUGACAUCCUAUGGAUGACCACAGGAUGUACUUUAGAUCAGCCACAGAUAAUCUCGAGACUUGGCAUGGAACGGCCAUCGUGUGCCACUAGGGAUUAUGUCGAGAAGCACACCGUUGACGCUAGUGAUAUCCGCUGCAUUUCGAAAUCUAUAGUUAACUUUCUGCCGUUUUUGACCCAUCUUGUCAUUCUUAAAGGAACGGAAUCAAUGGAUGAAAUUGAACCUAAGCUCGUUAAUCGACUCAAGAAGCUUCUGCAUGAAAACACUGUUCAUCAUGAUGUUGUCGUCGUUAGUUGUGACGUAGGGUCUUACAUAGUCCAGAUCCCUUUGAUCAAUCAAACACGGUCUUUUGAAGGUUUUACUUUAUUUGGAAUGUUCAAAAAUUGAGAGAAUUGUUGACGCACUCGUCUUCGCAUGAUAAUUCAAUUUCGACUUUUGUUUUCAAACGGCUUUGUUUUCAUAUUGCUUGAUGUGGAAUUUUUUUUCAAUUUCUCAAUGUUCUUGAACAAGUUCAAUGUUGGUGUGUUCUACUGAUGUUGUGAACUACUAAAAAGAAAUAUGAUGUUUGUUUUUCUGUUUUGUUUGUCUAAAUUAGCAAUUUUUGUUGCGAUAAAAUCUGAUAUGGGAAAUCGGAACUUUUUCUUUUUGUCAAUCCAGAAAUAUAGGUGAUUUCGUUUACCAAGUUAUACACUAAAUAAAAAAUAAUUAACUAGAUUUCAAUCAUAAGUACGACCAGUUUAAAUUGAACAAAACCAAACAUUUUACCAGCACCGAAAUCGAAUAUAGGACUACACGAAAUUGCUAACGUGGAAGUGUAAGGAAUAAACGUUUUCAAAUUGACCAUCACUAUGUAGUAGAAGGGCGUGAGGUGAUAGCAAUUUCUUGAAUUUACGGCGAGCACAUUGUAAUCACUGGUCGUAACUGUAAAUUGGUUUGUUUGCUGACUUGUUAGUGUUAUCAUUCAAGACAGGGGGAAACACUGCCUUAAUUAACUGCGACCGGGGAGAUUAACUGGCCAGUGAAGAAGAGUGCGAGGCCAGUUUUAAUAGGGAGCGAUUAGUUAUAGUAGACUUCCUAGUUAGACUCAUGACCCUCAAAAUAUUUAUUAAA